GGCCAAUUGACAGAGAACACAUUCCGUUCUACCAUGCUGUCGCAUAAAAAUCUUCACCUGGCCGCACUUGUACUUUUGGCCAUUGUCGGCGUUGGCCAUGCUGCACCUCCCAUGGGGCGUGUGGUAAAUGGCACGGACUCCAGCAUCGAGAGGUAUCCGUUUGUGAUAUCGUUGCGUGGUCCGACCGGUUCGCAUUCUUGCGGUGGAUCCAUCGUCUCCAAGCAGUUUGUGAUGACUGCCGCUCAUUGCACAGCCGGUCGCACUGCGGAUCAGCUUACGGUGCAGUAUGGACAGACACAGAUCAAUUCCGCGGGUCCCAAUGUUGUGGGUGUGAAGAAGAUCAUCCAGCAUGAGUUGUACAAUCCCAGCAAUAACUAUGCCAACGAUAUCUCGCUACUGAUGGUGCAGGAACCCUUCGUCUUCGAUGAUAUCAAUGUGGCGCCCGUUACGCUCCCAGUGCUUAACUUUUCCACUCCUCAGACGGAGGAAGGUGGCGAGGGAGUGCUCAUUGGCUGGGGUCUAAAUGCGACUGGCGGCAGCAUCCAGACCACUCUCCAGGAGGUGAAUCUGAAAGUCUACUCGGACGCGGAAUGCACGUCUCGUCAUAAUGGGGCCACGGAUCCCAGUUACCACAUUUGCGGUGGUGUCGAUGAGGGCGGCAUGGGACAGUGCAGCGGAGACUCGGGCGGGCCUCUCCUCUACAAUGGUCAACAGGUGGGCAUUGUUUCGUGGAGCGUCAAGCCCUGCACUGUGGCCCCCUACCCGGGUGUUUACUGUAAGGUCGGCAAUUACGUUGACUGGAUUAAAACGAGCCAAAUCAUAUUGGCAUAGUCACAGAAAUUCCCCCAAUAAAUUUGAAAGACAUAUA